UGUUGCGUGGUGGUAUUAUGCCUUCUGGUUUUCCUGCUAGUUUCUAUUUGCCACACGGUAUGGCGGCAGCAGCUGCAGCUGCUAAUUUUCACCACAGCACACAUCGACAAGACUCUGAUGUUGAGAACGAGGAUGAAUUGGAUGAGGAAGGUGAACAUAAUACGACUGUGAAUUCAUCGAAUGAAGAUCAAGAGCGUCAGCGUCUAAAUGGACAUCAUCAUCAUCAUCACCACCACAACAGUAAUGCCAGCGGUGUGAUAACUGAUAAAUCAGAUGAUUCCGCUAUAGAAAAUUCACCAUCCACAUCAGCAUCGGCGGGAAAUGGUCACCUAUCACCGGUAACCACAAAGAAGGCACUUCUAACAAAGACGCAACAAAGCAAUUUAAAUGAAACUAACGCCACCACAUCAAACAAACAAAUUAGUGCUCUGGAAACACUAAGUUUGUUGUCAGGUCUACAGUUUCAAGUAACGAGAAAUGGAACCAAUGAAAAUGGGGAACAACAACUCAUUGUCAAUCUUGAGUUGAAUGGCAUGAAAUACUCUGGCGUGCUAGUUACAAACACGACAACAGCAACAAGUGGCAGCAGCAUCAAAAGCAGUACAACAGCUAACAUCACCAGCAGCCCGAGUAGCAACAAACAUGGCAAGAAACGCGAUCCGCUCAAGCAAGCACUUAACAGCAGCUUGCACAGUAAUAAGGACAACAGCGAAAGUUUACAUGCCAAGGACGACGAUAUAAUGGAUGAAGACAUGGCGAAUGAAUUAACAGAAGCGGACGCAGACACAGAAACACUUGCCGACGCUGUAAUACCCAUGGAAGCAACACCACCAAAGGCUAAAUUAAGUGCAACUACUGCAAUUGCGGCAAAUGGUGGCAACAAUGUGUCGGCAACAAUACAGGACGCAUUAAUCACAACUUAAAGUGCUACUACUCCUUUUGCUGUUGCAGCUAGCACUGCUGCUGCUUAAUAAGGAUUAGAGCAGUCCUUCAACAGUUCUAAAUUGGAACUAACAAAAUAAGUUAAAAUUCUGCUGAUUGCAAAUUUGUUAAGUAGGAUUUUUUUAAAAGAAAGUGUGGAGAAAACUUCAUAAUAUUAUUCCACUUUGAUUUGGAAACAAAUUUUAAAGCAUGUUUUUAGGCUGUCCCAAAAAUAAACAUGAUUUUAUUUUAUUGCGAACAAUAAUUUUUA